GGCCACAGUCUGGCCGCAACGGUGCAGCGUACUUCUCACGCUCUGCAAUUUUUUCACCGCGCACACUCCCCGCACAGACGCACAGUCGGAGUGUAGUGUAUAUCCACUUCAAUCUUCAAUCUUCAAUCUUCAAUCUUUAAUCUCCAAUCUCCAAUGCGGAUAUUCCUUGACGUGAAAGUAGCUCUCUCGCCUCUCCGUUGCGCCGCCGUUGAAGUAGGUAUCUCAUCUCUCCGUUGCGCCGCCGUUUAAGUAGGUAUCUCAUCUCUCCGUUGCGCCGCCGUCGGCAUCACUCCUCUGCAGAUCCGCAUGGAGUGUAAGGAACUCACUGGUCCUGCCAAUUGCAUUUCGAAAAUGGGGGUUGAUCCAUCGGGCAUUCCUUCAAAUGAAUCAAGAAGUGGUAAUAUUGAAGGUUUGGGCACCAAAACACCGUCUCCUAUUCAAAGUUCUCAGUCACCGUUGUUCUUGAAACAAGUUAGGCUCGGAACUUUACCACAACCAUGUUCUGGAACUGGUGAUGAGCAUAGUGGACGAGCAACUUGGUCUAUAGAGGAAGACGUGAUUCUUGCAAAAGCAUGGAUCAAAUUUAGCGAGGAUCGAAAGAAGCUAAAAAAUUCACAUGGGAAUGCUACCCUUUGGCAACUUAUUGAGAAGUACUACAAUGAGUAUCGUCCUACUGGUACAGUGAAGAGAGAUCGGGCGAAACUAAAAACUCACUGGAAUCAAGCUCGUAUGAAGAUUACUGCUUUCAAUACAAGCUAUAAUGAAUUACUUAGUGCGCGCCCAGAUGGUUGCAGUGACGAGGACAUACUAUUGCAAACUCAUGAAGAAUACAAGGCAACACACAAGGGCAUCCACUUUCCCUACUUACACUUGUGGAAUAUUGUCAGAUAUUUCCCAAUGUGGGCAACAAAUGGCCGCAAGUCAAAGAAGAAGAAGACUACCGAGCAAGGACAACACACGUCUUCUUCCAGUGCUGAGGACACUGUUGAUGUGGAUGAAGGCGAAGUUCACCCUCGUCCGGUUGAGCAAAAGGACAUGGGGAGGAAAAGAAAAGCCCCGAUUAUAAAUGUUGAUCAAAUCUCAAACACAAUGCAAAAACAACUAGACAAGCUUGAGGAGUAUAAUUCAUUGAAGGCAAGAGAUACUUUUGUCAAUGAAUAUCAAAUCCUUAUGAAGGACACUUCGACAAUGACAGAAGAGCAGCUCCAAACGCAUCGCUAUGCAUGUGAAACUAUUAAGAAGAGCUGGGGAAUGUAGUCGAGGGAUCUUUUAAUUUAUGUGUAGUAUAUGUUUCGUGUAAUUUUUGUUUAUUUUAGGUUGUAGUUUAUUUGUAAUCCAUAUAUUUUGAGUUGGUGAAUGCUAUUUAUUUCGCUUUAACAA